AUGUCGACAUCGAAGCAUGGCAAGCGCCAAGAAGAAUACCUUCGCACUUUGUAUGUGCCUGACGUGCAGGGAGAGCUGGCCCAGCAUCUUAUUGACAAUGCCGAUUUUGCCAAUGCUACCUGGACCCACGAGAACGGGAAUUUCUGGCCUACCAAACAGCUCCCGAAGCGUGUCCCAUCAGCUCGCAUCCUUGUCUUCUCCUACAACUCACAGAAAAACUACAGUGUACCCAUCAUCUUCGUCGCACACAGUCUCGGAGGCCUAGUGGUCAAACAGGCACUCGUCACUGCUAAGAUUGAUGACACAUACAUUAAUCUCAGAAAAGCAACCUAUGGCCUUGUCUUCUUCGCUGUACCCCAUCAAGGCGGCCAUGGAGCUGGUCUCGGCGCGAUCGCAAAGAAUAUCGUGUUGUCGCUGACGGGUGAUGCGAACAACGACCUCAUAGAGUCACUGAAGUCGAAUUCUCUCUUUCAGGAAAGCCAGACGGCAUUCUUUAAGCAUCAGCUGGAAGACUACCAGAUAGUCUCGGUCUGCGAGGACAAGCCAACGAAGCUUACCAGAUUUCUUGGCAAGGCAACGGCUUUGCUCGUUGUCGACGAGAGGUCUGCGACUUUGGGAUUGCCAGGCACUCGGGAAAGGCUUCUGACUGUCGACUCAAAUCAUUCAGAGGUCUGUAAGUUCGAGGAUGACGAUAACAAGUUUGAGCCUAUCAAACGUGCUAUUGGAACGCUGGCAGAUCGUGCUAUCGCCAAGCAGAAGAAGACUGCUACCGAUAAAUCUUGCGACGGUUUACACGCACAAGAAUAUAUCCAAAAGUUUCUCCAUAGCCUCCACUUCCCCGCAAUACAGUCUCGUCAAGAAGAGAUUGCCGAUGCCCACAAGGAGACGUUCCAGUGGAUUUUCGAUGACUCCGGCGAUGCAGUGCGCCCUUGGGCCAAUUUUGUGGAGUGGCUCGAGACAGGCCGGGGUAUAUACUGGCAAGUGUUCCUCCUUUCGCGCGUCAAAUAUCAGCUAAACGAACUAGGAUCUCCGGCAAAGUUGGGUCUGGGAAGACCAAAGGUUUCAAUGGUGGCUACGCCAAAAUUCUUCUUCUGGAGUCCCGGCAGCCCGAUGCAAAAGACUUCCGUGGGAUUGCUUCGGUCUCUUCUCUAUCAGAUAUUUCAGGAGUAUCCUGAGAGUGUUCCACCGCCGACAAGAAACGAACCCCUCUCAGAUUGGACGGAGAAACGGCUUCGAAAGAUUUUUCAGAACUUAACUCGUGAUAUAUCGAGCUCAUAUCGCAUUUGCUUCUUUAUUGAUGGACUGGAUGAGUUCAGCGGUGAUCACGACGCACUGAUUGAGAUGUUUCAGGAGCUGGUGCAGGAUGAGAAAAUCAAAGUGGUACUGUCUAGUCGGCCGUACCCAACAUUCGAUCGAGCAUUUGGCUCCAGAGCUAUGCUUAAACUGCAAGACUUGACGAGAGCCGAUAUUAAGAAGUUUGUGUUAGAUAAGUUCUUCGCUCAUCCGAGAAUUCAGUCAAUGGCAGCCCAAGAGCCUCAGAAUGCCUUCGAGCACGACGUUUAUGGUUUGAUCAAUGAUGUUGUCUGGAAAUCUGACGGUGUCUUUCUUUGGGUCGACUUGGCUGUCAAGGACCUGAUACGAGGGAUCAACGAUGAAGACAGCCUAGAACAACUGAAAGAAAGGCUUGACUUCUUACCAACAAGACUUGAAGAUCUCUACGCACAGAUGCUCAGUAAAAUCGACAAAGUCCAUCGGGAAGAAGCGGCUUGGUUCCUGCAAAUUGCACUUCAUCAGCAGUCGGACGAGUGUUCGCACCGGUCGAGCGAUCUUCUCGACUUCACCCUUGCAGUCUAUAAAUGCCUGGACCGUGAUCUUGAGUCUUCAGCGGAUUUUCCUUCGCAAAAUGUGAUGGAUCAUUGCCAGUGGACGAGAAGAAGGAUCGCAACGACCUGCGCUGGCCUUCUUGAAGUCCACCAACGAACAUUCGGCAGAAGCACCGCGCAAAGUUUCCCAGAAAACACCAAUUCAGAAGACACCGAUCCAGAAGGCGCCAAUCCAGAAGACACCGAUCCAGAAGACACCGAUCCAGAAGACACCGAUUUAGAAGACACCGAUUCAGAAGACACCGAUUCAGAAGACACCAAUCCAGAAGACACGAUCCCAGAAGUCCAGUUUGUGGUCUCAUUCCUGCAUCGCACCGUCGCAGAUUUUCUAAACGAAUCCGAGCAAGGAAGAAAGUUUCUAGGUGCAAACACGUCACCAAAUCGAAACAUUUAUGUAGUAUGGGCCAAAGUGCUAGUGGCUAAAGUACGAAUGCUUGGGUUUGCUCAGGACACAGAUUUGAUUGAAGCUUUAACCAUUGAAGACAUCAUGACAGCCGCCUCUGAUGCCGAAUACAAAACUGGUGUGGCUCAGACGGCAAUCUGUGCCUAUAUAGAGCUCGCCGUGACAAUCCUAGAUCAGAAAAGAGGAGUCCCUGUACCAGGGUCGCACUGGUGUACACGCAUAAAUAAGUGGGCUUCGCGUGGGAGUUAUGGAGUACGGUAUAGUUACUUGGAGCGUAGCCUAAGCUAUCAAUUUCGCUAUACCAGCAAUCAAGCUAAAGAAGACGGCUCGUCGAGGCCAGCGUCAGAUCGGCCAGUCGACCACUUUGGCUUUGCAAUGUCAGAUCGGCCAAUCGACUACCUUGGCUUUGCAGUGUCCAAUGGUUUGAAGUUGUACAUGCAGCAGCAAAUAACGUUACUCCCAGCCGGCUUUCAAUCAUCUACAGCAACUUACUUGUUACGAUGUACAAUAAUUUCUUCUCCGUUCGACGACAUCGGCCCUUCGCAGACUUCGAGAUUCCUUGACCUCGUUUGUGCGCUUUUGAGACACGGUGCAAACCCAAACGUGCCGGUAUGUGAAAGCACUGUCUGGGGUCAUUUUCUGGCACGGAUGGUCUUUGCGAAGGACGACCGAAGAUGGAUUGACCAUGAGCUUGCACAUGCUAUGGAAAGGCCCUGGAGAACAGCCUUCAACUGUUUCAUCGAGCAUGGGGCUGACACGAAUGGCAUGCUUUCCAUGCAGAGGUGGAAUUACCUAAAGUUUGAAAUCGAAGAGCGUCACCUUCACGUACUUCCGAUUGGUUCUUCGAGUUCAAAAAUCAAGCUAGGGCGUUACUGCAACGCUCAUUUCCGCAUCAGUGUGUCUGUUCCAACACUGAUUCGGUACUACUUGGGCGACUCGCCCGACUCUGCAGAUAUUGUUUCAGUCUGUAUGCUCAAUGGUGCUUUUUAUCACUCCAAAUGCACGGAAAUAUCCAUCGAUUUGAAGAUGUCGGAUCGACUUCUUGAAGCAUUCGAAAGAUAUGUCAUACCCACCGUGCCACCUCGAUCUUCGAAAGUCGAAUUAGAGCGUCUGGUUCUACGUCUAUACGAUGAGCUUUUGACAAGAGAACCAGAUCAGUCUCAUCACGUACUUUAG